AGGGGGUUAGGGAUUGCAAAAGAAACAAACAAUCUAUCUUAGUAGUAGAUCUGAAUGGGUUCUCAAGUGAAGAAGAAAUUGAGAAUUUAUGGAGAUGAAGAAGAUAAAAUCAGUAGUUUGCCUGACGAGCUUAUUCAUCACAUUCUUUCAUUUACCGAUGCUAAAGAAGCAGUUCAAACGAGCGUCCUUUCCAAUCGAUGGAAGUCUUUAUGGAUUACUCUCCCUUUUCUUAAUUUCGGUGAGUACAGAUACUCUUCACCUAAAAACAAUACUAAGUUUAUCCGCCAUGUUCUGUCUAAACGAAACCGUCAAUCCGAUCUUUUCGAAUUGAACUUCUGUGUUUACAACAAAGGACUCCGUCGAUGUUUAAUUGAAAAUGUUGUUGAGUAUGCAAUCUCUCACAAUGUGCAAUCCCUGGAUUUUGGUUUAUUGUAUAAACAUCAACCGUUUAAGCUAUCUACCUUUAAUUCUAAUUCACUGAAAAAACUUACAUUACGAGUCAGACUUGAAGAAUUUGCUAUGCAAUUGGGUUGCUGGGAUUUACCUUGCCUAACAACUCUCUUCUUGAAAUACCCAGAUUUUGAUUUGACUAAAGGUAACCAAAUUUCAGAUUCAUGGUUUACAUGCUUGCCUUCCUUGAGAGAUCUGGGUCUUGAAAAUUGGGACUUGUCAAUAUCAUCUUUCUCUUUCAGUAUCCCCGAUUUAACAACCCUCCGCUUGUCCAACUGCAUAUUGCCUAAAAUGGUGUUGGAUCUCCCAUCUUUAAUUACUCUAGAUCUGCACAAUGUAAAUCUUCCAUAUGAUAUGAGUGACAUGAUCUCUACACUUAUCAAUCUACAAAAUCUUACCAUAUCUUCACCAUUUACACAAGACCAUGUCAUAUCUUGUCCUCGUCCUUUGUUGAACCUGAAUAUUAGGACCAGCUCCAGCCGCUAUGAUAGUGGUUCUGGUUACAUUAUAGUUUUUGCACCAAAAAUCUGCAAUUUCACUUCUUAUGGUAUCUUUGCAACAACAUUUGGAGUACCUGAGCUGGAGACUGUAAAUAUAAGGCUACAGGGUUGGUUUCAGGGCCUGCAAUCCUCUAAGGAAGAAAUUUAUCACCGGUUAACGAAUAUGUUUCCAGGACUUGGUAAUGCAAAAACUCUUACUUUUGACUUGGAGAGCAUUAAGGCACUGAAUGAGAUUUCCAGCCUUCUUGUAUGGCUUCCAUCUCCGUUCAGUAACAUGAAGUAUAUAAAGAUACCAAAGACAUAUAAACAAUCAAAUAUGUCUAGUGCUCUUAGGAGCUACUUACUUGGUGGUUCUCCAAGAUCCACCAUAGUCACAACAUUACCUCAGGAAGAGCAUGUUAUGGAAGACCCAGUAGUAGAUUCUGACAGGGUUAGAUGUAGUGAUGCUCCCCUGGAACGGACCAAAAAAGAUCAGGCAAGCUCUUCCCAAGGGGAUAAAGAUUCUGGGUUAUGGCGGGGCCACGAGGUAAACCCGGAGUUUGUAUGCCUGCUUGAUCGCAUAAUGCAUACGUAUCCGGAAACCUUUGAGCACUUUACUACAAAAAACAAGAUGUUGAGUGCAAUGAAUCUGAACCUAUUGUGCACCUCCCUUGACAACUUCAGUAAAGUAUCUCUGACUGAGGUUGAUUGUGAGAUGAUUGAUGGGUACAGGGAUAUAUGUGCUUACUUGCAGAUUCAGGGAUUCGAUGUAAGUUGGGUGGUGAACCGCUUGAACUACAUAGAACAUCUUUGCUUUUCUCAGCCCUUGAUUCCCGAGCUUCAUGGAAUUGACUGUUGUAUCGAAGGGGCCAAAACUGAAGUACAAAACAUGCAAGCUCAUGUUGACGAUGCCAAAAUGAACAUACAAGGUCUGCAGGCUCGUGGCAAAAUUAAUGUACAAGAUCUGCAGGCUCGUGUUGAUUAUUCCAAAACAAAAUUGCAAGAGUUGCAGAAUCUUCGCAGGAAGAAGAUGACAGAAAUUGAGAAAGCUUUUGGAACUAGGGGUACUGAUCUUGCUGUCGGUUUGAUUGGAGACUAUCUACUGUCUAGUCCUUAA